AUGGCUUCAUCAUUGUCAAGUCUUUGUGUCCCGGAAACAUUCAACAGCCCAUCUGUUUUUGGUGCUGAGAUCCGUUCUCUUGAAACUAACCUGGUAUCCGACUUUAGCAUAUCCAUCCCCGAAACAAGCCGGUUCACCCAACCAGCAGUCGAACUCAAGAAUGCCACCUUUUGCAAUGUUACGGUCUCUUACACGCACCCGGGCCAAAAUGACAACAUUAUCGUCGAAACGUGGUUACCCGCUGACAACUGGAACGGGCGCCUGCAAGCGGUUGGCGGUGGGGGAUGGAUACUUGGAAGAUUCGCCUUCUCGUACAAUAAUAUGUACGGGGCAAUAGCUGAUGGCUACGCGACCAUCACGACCGAUGCAGGUGUCCCCAGCAAUGAUUCGCCAGAGACGUGGGCUUUGAUAAGCCCGGGAAACGUCAACCUAUAUAACUUACAGAACCUCGCAUCCGUAUCGCUAAACGAUGAGGCAAUCAUCGGAAAAUCCUUAAUCAAGGAUUUCUACGGAAAAGGUCCGGAUUUUUCAUACUGGAAUGGCUGCUCCCAAGGCGGUCGCCAGGGUAUGAUGCUGGCGCAACGCUAUCCUACUGCAUACGACGGCAUCGCAGUUGGUGCCCCGGGUAUCUACUGGACCGAGUUCUUCCCGUUCCUCCAAUGGUCUCAGCAGGUAAUGAGCCUAUUGGGCGAGUAUCCUUAUGGAUGCGAGCUCGACGCGAUUACAUCAGCUGCGAUAUCAGCAUGCGACAAACUUGAUGGGGUUGUUGAUGGUGUUAUUACUGAACCAGAUGCUUGUUUGGGCGUUUUCAACCCAUUUUCAUUAGUUAACACGACCAUCGACUGUAGCCAAACGAAUGGGACGAUUAAAAUCAGCAAGAUAGCGGCCGCUGUAGCGAAUGCGACGUGGCAAGGGACCCUGUCAGACAAAGACGCAAAGGCUGGAUGGUUCGGUCUUAAUCCAGGGGCUGACCUUACCGGCAAUAUGUUGUACUCGCCUGGGUAUGGUGGAAUAGCAGCGACGAAUUGCAGCUCUGGAACUUGUGUCGGACUCCCAGUGGCAUAUGGGAUACAAUGGCUGCAGCUUUUCGGCGCUCAAGGGGCAGAUCUCGACGUAACAAGCUUGACGCGAGCCCAGUUUGGCGAUUGGGUUUAUGCCGCUCAGCAAAGGUUUAAAUCGAUAAUCGACACUAGCGAUGCGGAUUUGACUCAAUUUCGUGAUGCUGGUGGGAAGUUGGUAAUGUACCACGGAAUUCAAGAUAAUAUUGUCCCCACCAAGGGUAGUGAGAAAUACUACAAUGAAGUCAACGCUCGUGUAUCUGAUGUCGACGGGUUCUACCGGUAUUUCGAGGUUCCUGGUCUUGGACACUGUGGGUAUGGCCCCGGUGGAUUGCCUACCGGCCUUUUCGAACAACUUCGCAACUGGGUUGAGAAUGGGACGGCACCAGAACAGACAUCCUUCGAAUUAAAGGGAGUUAAUGGUACAAGCCAAAACCGUAUCGCGUGCCCAUAUCCUCAGAAGGCCAAACUAGAUGAAACUUGUGGAGAUGCCGCCAACUCUAAAUGCUGGCUUUGUUCUUGA